AUGUAAAUAAUCCAGGCUUACAUUUUCAUUUGACAUUUGAUCCAGCAGAAGAUGUGACCCUGCCAUUUGUGAAAUCACCAACUACAUUAAAACCAAAAAUAGCAAUAUUACAAGAACAAGGUGUAAAUGGUCAUAUGGAGAUGGCAUUUACAUUUUAUUUCCAGGAUUCAAACCAAUUGAUGGAUGUACUUGGAGCUGGAUCAGGAUGGGCAAAAUCUAUUUUAUUACACCCCAAUGUGAAAAAAGAAUUUGAAAAUUUUUUCAAAGAAAGAAAUGAAAUUUUUGGUAAAUUACCAAAUAAAAUUGACAUUGGUAGAUUUAUUGGUUCAUUGUUAAAUAAUGAAUCUUCAACUAUUA